AUGGACGAACGAUUCAGUGGAGUCGACCUCGCGACCAGCGCACUGGUCGCUCGACCAAAGGACAUGAAGAUACUCAAUGUUAUAAAAUUUUCAGCAUCUCUGUCAAAACGCAUGCUCGUCUCUACAACGAUUUGGCAUUUCUGGGGCUCUGUACCCUUGCGCAAAGAGACCAUCCCGGCUCGGGAGCGUCACAUGUGCCACAUCGACCUUUUCAAGGCCCAUCUUGGGAGCCUAAUUGGCAUUCAACACAACUUCGGCGUUGCUUGGGUCUUCACGGAGUGGUUCAUGACGAUCUUUUCAACGCACCUGGCUCGAUGGCCGUUGAAUAUUCCAUUCAAGGGAAACGAGCUGGCCGUGUCAGGAAUCUUCAUCAACAAGAUCCGAGCCCUGGGAGACUUUUGCCUCAAAGGUCGACACCUCGAGUUAUCGGACCCAAACUCCAGGCUGUUUCAGCAUGCGGCAUACACCAGCAGCGAGAGCAAGGUUGAAGCGUUUGCAUGCACCUUGAGCCUCCUUGGUGUUUAUCUCGAUCCUGUGCCUUCGCCAGAUGUCGUCAUUAGCAAGAGUGUUACUCGGCAUAUAUUACCCGGUUUGGAGGAGGCAUCACCUCGGGGAUCGUCUUGGCGAACCGAUGAAGAGUGCUCAAAGCUUGGUCAUGACUAUACAUGCCGAGGACCAAACCAACGUCUCGUGGUCGUGCUGUUGAAGUCUGCGCUGUUGAAGUCUGCUUUGCAGCACGACUUGGCGUUUGAUGAAAUCAUUCCAUCAUCACAUAGCCGCUAUGGCAUUUCCGAAGUGAAAUCGGUCGGCAAAGAGCAGCUCAAAAUUUGGCAGACAAAAGGUUUACGAGCACCGGUUCGCUACGCCAUUACGGCCAAUGUGGCCAUCGACAUGGUCAAAGGUCUGCAAAAAGGCUCUCCAGAAACCCAACUCCAGAUUCUCAUUACAGGGUCCGCACAUCUCGUCGGUCAAUCUCUCGGCGCAUUGGGCGGCGAGGAGGUCGUAAAAACCACCAAGUAA